UGUGGCGGUGUAACUGUUGCUGUAAUUGUGUGUUUUAGGGAGUUAUGUGGAGGAUUCUCCUGAUGGUCAGUGAAUGUGGCGGUGUAACUGUUGCUGUAAUUGUGUGUUUUAGGGAGUUAUGUGGAGGAUUUUCCUGAUGGUCAGUCUGCUCUGCUGGAGCGCUGACGGACAAAGAGUGACCUGCAGAGACCACAACAACGGAGAAGUGGACUGGUACAUCAUCUACAAGGCACCCAAACUGAAAGACAUCAAAACUGACGGUUUAGAAUAUAUUUACAUUGAUUCAAAAGGGAAGAAGAAGGAGACGUCUAAAGAUCACAAUAAGCUCAUCAACGCUGCUGACGGUGUCCUGGCAAACACCCUGCGACCCAUUUUAAAACCAAUCAAAUCAAUGACAGACAACUUUGGAUUCAUCACCUACAACGAUCAACCUCCAGGAUGUAAUGCUUUUGCUACAUUUGGCCACAGUAAAGGAGUUGUGAUGAUGGAUAAAACCACCACAGGAGUCUGGCUCUCACACAGCACACCACAGUUCCCUUUCAAAAGAGAUCAAAAUAAGUUCUACCCAACCAGCGGAGCAAAACAUGCUCAGACGUUUAUCUGUGUAACAUUCAACUACAAGGAGUUCAAAGACAUAGGUCAACACCUGCUGGACAUCGCAGCUUUCCCGUUUGAUCAUCAUAUUCCAACUGGCUUCCAUGAACAGCUUAUAAAGGUUACAGAGAAAGACUUGAAGGAAAAUCCACCAGGAGGGAAAAUCUCGGACCUGACAUCACCAGGACAACAAGCAUUUGUUACCUUUGCUAAAAAACUGUAUGAAGGUGAAAUUUUUACUGUGGAACCACGGUUCGAUGGAGAUCUUUACCUCACUAUUGCAGAGCAUUACCAGACUAAUGUGAGAGUCCAGACCUGGGGCUGCCAGGAUGGCCGUGAACGUUCCUACUGCGGCAAGAAUCGUAAAGUGAUCAAUAUUGAAUCUGUAAAACCUAAUCUGGGUAACAGGGAGGUUAAGUGGAAGGCUAGUAAUGAUCAUUCCAAGUGGUGUGUAGCUGAAGAUAAUAAUAAUGAUUUGAUCUGUAUCGCUGAUGUAAACAGAGCAGUCACCCAAUACAAAAGGCCGGGGGGGGCACUGUGCUUUAGACAUAAAGAGGCAAGUAAACUAUUUGAAGAUGUUAUUGAUAAAACUGAGCUUUGCCCAAGUCCUACCACCACCAGUGCUGGCUCAAAGCGUACCCACUCGUCCUCUAGCACUUCUGACACUAGCGCUGCCUGUGACAGUGACUCUGAUUAAUGAUCGAUAAGAUAAAUACGCCUCUCCUCGCCGUCUACAAGUCCUGUUUUUUUUUUCUGGUGUUUGGGUCUGAGUGUGCUUCGGUUUUUCACUUUCAAAUUAUUAUUAAUUGACAUAUAUUUCUGAAUCCAUAGUUAAAUACAAAAGAGGGCUGACAGAAAUAUAAAUUACUUCUAAAAAUGUAUAAUCCCUACCAAUUGUCACUGUUGAUAGAUAAUAAGUAGUUUGAACGUUUCUAACUUAAGUCAGAGUUUGUGUUUAACAUUUUAAGGGUUGCCCUAGCUGAAAUAGGUCUAACGAUGUCAUGAGUUACAACUUCAAUCUUACAGCUCGCCCUCAGUAGAUGUAAAGUCCUCCGUAUAAUAGCGGUUGUCAUGGCGCGUGGUUUUGUCAGGUAAAGAGGAAGAUGAGGAGGAGCGAGCGGCUGUUUUCUGUUCUCCGGAUAGAUUCCACUCAUAAGAUAUCUUUAAUAAUUGUGAUUAAUACUCUGGCUUCUGUUUCCAGGAGCUGAGACACGUUACUGUCCUGCUGGCAGCAGACUCCUUAGAUAACCUUCUGAUUUACAGCUCCUCAUUUACAACAGUUAGCCAGUGUAGCUAUCAUUAGGUUUGUUAUGGGGGGGGGCCUAUGUUCCCACAUUUCGAAGAUUUUUCCUAAAAUGAGGCCCUAUGUUAGGGUUACAUUCCAUCUGUAGUCCAUUGCUACUGGAU